AUGGUGAAUGUAACCUCCAAGACUGGAUUCCUCCUUAUGGGCUUCUCUGAUGAGCGUAAGCUUCAGAUUUUACAUGUGGUACUGUUUUUGUUGACUUACCUACUGGCUCUCACAGGCAACUUGCUCAUCAUCAUCGUUAUCACUCUGGACCAUCGUCUGUACUCCCCUAUGUAUUACUUUCUGAAGCACCUCUCUCUUCUGGACCUCUGCUUCAUCUCUGUCACUGUUCCCCAGUCCAUUGCAAACUCCAUCCUGGACAUUGGCUUCAUCUCCCUUGGUCAGUGUGUGCUGCAGGUUUUCUUCUUCAUAGCUCUAGCCUCAUCAGAAGUGGCCAUCCUCACAGUGAUGUCCUAUGACAGGUAUGUGGCCAUCUGUCGUCCACUGCUGUAUGAGACAAUAAUGGAACAACGUGCCUGCAGGUAUGCAGUGCUGGCAGUGUGGGUGGCAGGAGGCCUCUCUGGGCUCAUGCACACAGCCGUUAACUUCUCAAUUCCUCUUUGUGGGGAUAGAAUUAUUCAUCAGUUCUUCUGUGACAUUCCCCAAAUGCUGAAACUAGCCUGUUCUCACACAUUCAUCAAUGAAAUUGCAAUGGCUGCAUUCACAACCUCUACAGCCUUUGCCUGUCUGAUCUCCAUUGUAUUUUCCUAUGUUCAGAUCUUCUCAGCAGUGCUGAGAAUGCCCUCAGCUGAUGGUCGGACCAAGGUUUUCUCCACCUGCCUACCCCAUUUGUUUGUAGUCACCUUCUUCCUCUCUACCACAGGCUUUGAGUUUCUAAGGCCACCAUCAGAUUCCCAGUCAGCUGUGGACCUCAUGUUCUCCAUCUUCUACACUGUGAUACCUCCAACACUCAAUCCAGUUAUCUAUAGCUUGAGAAACAAAGCCAUGAAGGCAGCUCUAACGAAAGUGCUGUCGAGAGAAGAGAUUUCUCAGAGAAUUAUGCAUCUCAAAGUUAUGUUCAGACUCUAA